UUUGCGAGAAACAUCAAAGAUAAAAUCCAAAAAGUAAAACACAGAGAAAGAAGAUAACAGAUUCAGCAGUUUCAACGUUCAAAACAAAAGGUUUAAGGAAUUGCUAGAUGGAAGAAGAAACAAAAGUGAAAGGUGCACGGGAGGAUCUAAAGUCGGUCGAUGUUUCUGUUAAGGAUGUGAAUACAGAAAUGAGAAAGGAAGAUAAAGCUAUGGAGCAAGAAGAGGAGGAUACUACAUUUGAUGGUGGAUUCAUAAAAGUUGAGAAAGAAGGAAUCAACAUCAAGAGGGAUGAGAAAGCAGAGAAGCAAGUUCCAAGCUCAAGCAGUUCACAAGGAGAACUAGAGAAGAAGAAAGCUUCUGAAUCUCAAGAGUCAUUGGCUCUUAAAGUCUCUGAACAGGAAAGCAUUAAUCUGAAGCUAAGGGAAGAACUCAAAGAGAAGGAACUGCUCCAUGCCUUAUCUAAAGACCAAGAAGGAAUAAUCAAAACUGCUAAUGAGAAGUUGACCAAAGUGUUGCAAGAGAAAGAGAUUCUUGAAACAUCUGUAGCAGAGAUCACUCGCAUAGCAGCUGAAAGAAAAGAGAAGUGUGAUGAACUUGAAGAGAAGUUAUUGAUUUCAGAUGAAAAAAUCUCUAAAACAGAUUCUCUUUUAUCUCAAGCUUUGUCCAACAACUCUGUUCUUGAACAGAAGUUGAAAUCUAUGGAAGCUUUAUCUUCUGAAGUAUCUCAACUAAAAUCUGCUUUGAUAGUGGCUGAAAAGGAGGCAAAAGAUUCAGCUAGAAAGAUGCAGGAGUACCAAGAGAAGGUAGCUAAACUGGAAUCAUCUUUGAACCAGUCAUCUGCCAGAAUCUCAGAGCUUGAAGAAGAUCUAAGGACAGCUUUGCAGAAAGGUGCAGAGCAUGAAGAUAUUGGAAAUGUGAGUAUUCAGCGCUGCCUUGAGCUACAAGGUUUAUUACAAACAUCACAGUCAGAACUGGAGAAAGCUGCGGGAAAACUGAAAGACAUGGAAGCAGUCCAAGUGAAAAACUCUAGCCUUGAAGCUGCUCUAAGCGUAGCAAUGGCCGAGAAGAAAGCAUUAGAGGAUACAGUGAAGGGAUAUAAUGUGAAAAUAACUGAGUCUGAAGAGAGACUUGUGAAGCAAGCAAGGGAAUUAGAUGAAGCAACCACAAGAAGCAGAGAGCUUGAAGCUUUGCAAAAACACUCAGAGCUUAGUAUCCAAAAGGCAAUGGAGGAACUCAGAAGCAGAGAUACAGAAGUGAAAGAUCUCAAGGAGAGGAUAAGAUUGUAUGAAGAGAAGUUGUCUGAAGCAUCUGUUCACUCGUUUUCUUUGAAAGAAGAUCUUGAUCAAUCUUCCUUGGAGAACGAGCUACUAGCAGAUACAAACAACCAGCUCCAGAUCAAGAUUCAAGAACUUGAAGCAGAGAAGGAAACUGCAACUAGACAGGCUGAAGAAGCAACCAAAAGGUUUGAACUGAGAGACAUAGAAGCUAAAGAGUUGGUUACAAAGUUGAAGUCUCAUGAAAACCUAAUCGAGGAACGUAAAAGGGAGAUACUGGAAGCAUCUGAAGUUGCUAACACUAGGAAAAUGAAGCUUGAAGAGUAUUUGUUGAAGCUUAAGGCUUCUGAAGAUACAAUCAAAGAGCUUGAGAAAGAAAAUGGAUCCUUGGCUGAAGUGAACUUAAAGCUGAACCAGGAACUAGCAAACCAUGGAUCUAAGACAAGUGAUUUUCAGGCAAUGUUCUCUGCUUUAGAAGCUGAGAAAGACCAAACAGUGAAAGAGCUUCAUGCUUCAAAGGCAGCCAUAAAAGAAUUAAGAAACAAGCUUACUUCUGAAAGAGAAAGAUUAAGAUCAAAGAUGACUUCCCUUGCUGAAGAGAAUAACCAAGUCAAUGAGAUAUAUCAAAGCACAAAGAGUGAGCUUGUAAAGCUUCAAGAACAACUCGAAGUAGAGAAGUCUAAAGUUGAUACUAUGGUGUCGGAAAUCAAGCAGCUCAGUGCUAUGGCUGCUGAGAAGUCGGUGUUGGAGUCUAAACUUGAAGAAGUAGAAACACAAUUGAAAACUGCUGAAGCUAAGUUAAAAGAAGAGGUUGAAAAAGUUGAAAAGCUGACCUCAAAACUGCAUGAACAUGAGACUAAUGCAAGUCAGCUUUAUAAAGAGCUUCAAGAAUCUCACACAGUCAUCUCUAAGGAGAAAGAGGCAGUUUCUCAGGAGCAUUCAGUGUUGGAAGCUACUCUAAAGAAAUCACAAGAAGAGGUUGAAGCUAAGACAAGUAUGAUUAUUCAUCUUGAAUCAUUGGUUAAAGAUCUUGAACAGAAAGUGCAGCUUGCAGAUGCUAAGUCUAAGGAAACCGGGACAAAGGGAAAAGAAGAAGUGCAAGUUAAAUCUCGAGACAUUAAUUUAUCAGGAAACGUUACAACAACUCAGAAAGCUGAAACAUCUCAUCUCAUGACACUGAAGAUUGUCCUUGGAGUGGCUAUCUUGUCUGUCAUUAUAGGAAUCAUUCUUGGGAAAAACUAUUGAAGUUCUUCAAUGGUGUUUUUUUUUUUUUUUUAACGUCCUUUUCUAUUGUUUGCCAAGCAAGGCUGUGUUAUAACACAAGAAUCUGAUCGACUGUUUAGAUGGUACAUUAAACCAUCUAUCUAUCUUGUGUGCUAACC